UGAAGAGCCACCUCCGAGGCUGUCGCUCCGGCUCCUCUGCCUCCUCCGGCUGCUGCCUCCGCUGCUGCCUCCUCCUUCCCCACCUCCUCCGUCAGGGGAGCGUCUGCGGGGGCCUGAGGGGCGGCGGCGGCGGCGGCGGCGGCUACGAUAUGGAGCCGGGGGCCGGGGGCCGAAACGCCACUCGUGGUCAGGGGGCCGGGCACCCGAGUACUCCGCCGCCCCGGGAACAAGAACGGAAGCUGGAGCAGGAGAAGCUCUCCGGGGUGGUGAAGAGCGUCCACCGGCGGCUCCGCAAGAAGUACCGAGAAGUGGGAGAUUUUGAUAAGAUCUGGCGAGAACACUGUGAAGAUGAGGAAACACUUUGUGAAUAUGCUGUUGCAAUGAAAAAUUUGGCAGAUAAUCAUUGGGCAAAAACUUGUGAGGGUGAAGGUCGUAUUGAAUGGUGUUGUAGUGUAUGCAGAGAAUAUUUCCAAAAUGGUGGGAAAAAGAAAGCACUGGAGAAAGAUGAAAAAAGAGCUGUACUCGCCACUAAGACCACUCCAGCCUUAAAUAUGCAUGAGUCUUCUAAACUUGAAGGUCAUUUCACAAACCUCAGCUUUACAAAUCCUGAAUUUAUAACUGAGUUGCUACAAACCUCAGGAAAGAUCAGAUUACUUGAUGUCGGCAGCUGCUUUAAUCCAUUUCUGAAGUUUGAAGAAUUUCUAACUGUUGGCAUAGACAUUGUACCUGCUGUAGAGAGUGUUUAUAAAUGCGACUUCCUGAAUUUACAGCUUCAGCAGCCACUCCAGCUUGCACAGGAUGCUAUAGAUGCUUUUUUGAAACAGCUAAAAAAUCCUAUAGAUUCUCUUCCUGGAGAACUUUUCCAUGUGGUGGUUUUCUCUCUACUCCUCUCUUAUUUUCCAUCACCUUACCAGCGAUGGAUUUGCUGCAAGAAGGCCCAUGAACUGUUAGUGUUAAAUGGUUUAUUACUUAUCAUCACACCUGAUUCCUCCCAUCAGAACCGUCAUGCUAUGAUGAUGAAAAGCUGGAAAAUUGCUAUAGAAUCCCUGGGCUUUAAACGCUUCAAGUAUUCAAAAUUUUCACAUAUGCAUCUGAUGGCAUUUAGGAAAAUCUCCCUAAAAACCACAAGUGACUUGGUUAGUAGGAACUACCCAGGGAUGUUAUAUAUUCCUCAGGAUUUCAACAGUAUAGAAGAUGAGGAAUAUGCUAACCCUUCCUGCUAUGUUCGAUCAGAUAUAGAAGAUGAACAACUAGCGGACGGUUUCACAGAGCUCCCUGAUGCUCCAUAUGACUCAGAUUCUGGAGAGAGUCAAGCCAGCUCUAUUCCUUUUUAUGAGCUAGAAGAUCCCAUAUUACUUUUAAGUUAAUAUAAAAGCAAAAGGCCCCUUUAGUCCAGGCUCCUCAACUAAUUGCUUACACUAAUUGGAAAUACUAACAUGAACUCCGUACUUAAAACCUGGUUUGCAUAGAAGAAAUGCAAAGGUUUACAGAGUUUGCUAUUUUUUUCUACUUCUCAAUUUUAAAAUUUAUUCUUAUAUGGAAAGCUUAAAGUUUCAUGCAGAGUGACUCCUGUCAUAGCAGAAACCACUGUUACUUUAGCAUUUAGCACUAAGAUAAUCAUAGAAAGGUACCUUUUCUUCUUUAGUGCUAUUGUGAAAGAUGAAGCAUAAUUUGCUAUGUGUUUUCUUUUUUAAUGUUGACUUUAAACCAUUGCAAUGGGAAACUUUAAAGAUAAUGUAGAGAGCUGUAGAUUGCACUUUGAUGACUCACAAGUUAAAUGUGACACAGAAAUAGAUCGGUUUAGUGGUAUGGUGAUGCACUUAUCUUUUUCUUAUUUCUAACUAAAUUGUUAUGUUACAGAAAGCCGUUUUCUAUUCAGUUUGUCUGAUAAUCUAGUAUUUCCUGAACUUUCUGGAAUUGAUGAUAAUUCUUUUUUCCUUCUUUCUUCUAUUAAAACCUCAUUUGGCAGCAUCAGACAUUGGGGGAGAGAUUUUCCUCCAAAGUAUGUAUUGUAAUUUCAUUAGCCCUAUUCAGUAAACACCAUUGCCAAAGUAGUAUUUUCAUAACUAUCUUGUUGAUUCGGGCCUUGGUGUUGAGUUUGUCUGUAAGAGUUCACUUUUACUUUUUUUAAAUUUAGGUUUCAUUUACAAAAUUUUUUUUAUUUAAGCAAGGAACAAUGUAAUAUUCAAUACUAACCUUUAAAACACCUUCGUGAAAAGGUUUGCACAUGGAAGAGAGUUCAUGUUCUAUCAAGACUAACUUCAGUAAGGUCCUUGCCUUUCCGUUAAGGAGGUGCUGCACUACAAGUUUGGGAUAUAUAGAAAAAUCUGAAAUUAACCCUCUGCUGGUAAUCUCAUAAAACAGUUUUGGCCUUUUGGUAUCUUAAUUUCUAUAUAAGCCCUAGAGAAAAUUUUCUUUGAGUAUGUCAACCAUUAGUUGGCUGUGGGAAUUUUCCCUUUCCACAUUAAUAAAUGCCUUUCUGUGUUUCUGAAUCAGAAGCAAAUGAUUAAGGAGAAAUACAUGUCCAAACAAGACAAGGUUAGUUUAAACAGCUAAGAACAUUUGUCCACAUUGUCUUGUCGGCCAGCAAUUGUCAUGUGAACUAUCAUUUUUAAGAGUGCCACUGUGUGGAUUUUUUUUUUCAAGUGGUUAUUACAUUAAAAUUACCUCAUACUGAGGUUUUUGCACUGAAAUAUCACAGUUUCAGAUUUCAUGGUUAAUGUGUGUAUGUGCGUGUGUGUGUUUUUAAUGGAAACUUGCAUUUUCAAUAGUUGACCCUAAAUUUCAUAAACUGUACUUCUUUUCUCUGGUAAAGCUGAUGUUUUUGUGCUUAUUGUGAAUUGCUGUAGUUAACUUUGAAUGUCAAACUUUAUUUAGAAUACAAAACUUAUCCCUUUAUGAUAUAAAUGGUUAAAUGUAUGUACCCAGUGUCUCAAAUUAAAUUUCACAUGCUAAAUUAAUGAAAGUAACAAGAUUGUAAUUAACCUUUCAGAAAGUCAUUUGACUAAAUGCAAUAAAUAUCGGUUGCUCAAAUACGCCAGAAGUAACUUGAAAUUUUUCACUUACUUUCAAUAGCAUAAGAUUCCUUAAUAAUUAGGAUUUACUUUUUAUUCCAGUUAAGUACUAUAGGAUUAUGUCUUAUCACUCCCUCAAAAGAAAAAGAGAGAGAGAGGAGAGAAAGAGAAGGCUGUGGUCAGAAUAAUACAGAACUGUGUUUUGGUUGUACCUCUUUUACCAUAAUGUUUGUUUUUGAUUUAGCUAAAUAUCUUAAGAGCAAAGAAAACAAUACACCAAAUGAAAGUGCUUUGAAAGUAAAUGAAAAGAGUGCUUUUGAAAGGCUGAUGUGUUAAGUAUGACCUUGGAGUCAGCCUUUCUGUUACAGCUAAAAUGUUGGUGCUAUAAAUUCUGAUUGUUUACAGAUGUUGACUUUGCUUAUGCUUCAAAGUGUGCAUGAUGUAUUUUAAGUAGUACUUCAAAGAAAAGUCUCUUAUAAAACCUACUACCACUUAGUAUAAAUUUGUUUGAAUUUAUAUCAUUUGUUACUGUAAAUUCAGCUUAUUUAAAUUAGGUUGGCACCAGAUUUAAACCUAUAAACAUUCCACCAAAGCCAAUUUCAGUGUGUAAGCGUCAUCGCAGCUUGGUGCCAGAUCAUAUAUGUAAUGACAAGACAAGUUAAUAAGGCCUUGUAAUACUGUAUGGGUACUCUUAAGAAUGAUGUCAUUUGGAUAUAAAGACGUUAAGGGGCCUCCUGUUACAUUCUCAGCAGGCUCUCCAAAAUAAUUUGUUGUUUCAAAAACAAAUGAUAAUCAUUGAGCUGGAAUCUUCAAGAUCAUGACUAGAUCAUGUGGUUUUACCAUAGUUGCCAAGUGGCGGGAGGUAGCAUACCUGAAAAUGUAUGUUGUGUUUGUUGUAUUUUUUCACAUUUUGUGAACAAAGCACAUUUAUUAAAAAUUUUAAAUUUU